GGACUCUCUAUCACAAUCAUUACACAUCAACUCCACUCCAGUACACAUGAGACAAAUUUCAUAUCGCUCGGAAAGAAACGCGAGUUGUUGGAUAGAUAAACGCAGGACUGACGGAACGCGCUCGGUGCGUUUACCUCCAAUGCGCCGCUGAUGCGCUCGAGCUGGUGACCUACGGUGAGAGAAGGAGCCGACGAGGAGAGCGUCCCGUCACACGCCCCGGCUUGAAGGGGUUAUUGUCGGCAGCAACAUGAAGCUCUUCCUCCCUCUACUGUUGCCCCUCCUCUUCUAUCAACAAUUGUGGUCCCCAGCAUUAGCCGGCACCUGUCCGAAUGACUGUACUUGUCCAGCAGAAGACUACAUUUUAUGCUUUAACCGCAAAGACACUAAAAUACCCAACAAAGUACCCACAACGACUAAGAAUCUCUAUGUGUUCAAGAACGGCAUAGAAUCCCUUUCCCAAGAGGAUUUUCUUGAGUUGGAAAGCCUAGAGAUGCUGGAUCUAAGCCAGAACAAGUUGACCGAACUGCCAGAUCAUGUGUUUGAACCCUUGUCCUCUCUCCAAAACCUGGACUUGUCGGCUAACCAGAUCGUCCAUAUAUCCAAGGACAGCUUUGCUGGACUAGAAUAUCUGGAGAGGCUAUAUCUCUACAGCAACCUCAUAGAGAGCAUCCACCCUGCUGCUUUUGAUGGCCUACAGCAACUGCUGGAGCUCAAGCUUCAAGGUAACAAACUGACAAUAAUGCCUGCCCUGAAAAUGCCCCAUCUGCUUCUGCUAGACUUACGGUUCAACAGCAUCCCAUCGCCAAGCCCAAAUGACGUCCAGACACCCAGGUUGGAGUCACUGAAGCUGGGUGGGCUGGGCCUUAGCAGUCUGAACGAGGAGCUCUUGGGAAGCUUCAAGAACCUUCAUGAGCUUGACAUCUCCAACAACCAGUUAACAACCUUUCCAGGGGUUUUGCGGGGGGCAAGGGGCUUGGUUACUCUGAGUUUGGCUGGGAAUCCCAUGGGACCUGUGAAAUGGGAAGACUUUGAGGAACUCUCUGAGCUUCAGGAGCUGGAUAUCAGCAAUCUAAGCUUGCAAGGUUUGCCAGAGACCUUAACACAGCUCUUUCCUCACCUACAAAGGCUGACCGUUGCGGAAAACCCUUUCAACUGCCUUUGCAAUCUGGCUUGGUUUCCUAGUUGGCUGCGAAUCAGGCAAAUUCAUUUGGGUAGGACAGAAGAGACACGCUGCCACUUUCCUCCUUUAAAUUCCGGAAAGGUGCUGGAGAGACUUGCGCACCGAGAAUUCGGAUGUCCGAUUACCACAACUGUUGUGACUCGGACAGUAAAGACCACUGCUGUACCGCUAGCCCCGGUCACCAGUUUACCAAGUACCACUCAUGCAGUCCUCCAAGCCAAACCUAGUGAUAACCCUUCUACAGAAACCGACAAUGACCCUCCACCUCCUACCCCAAGUACUAGUAUCGACCCAGAUCUCAGAUCAAACUUCUGCCCACCCAAUAUCUGCCUAAACAGAGGAACAUGUUGGCUGGACAACAAAGGACAUUUGGAGUGCAUUUGUCUACCAGGAACAUCAGGGAGAUACUGUGAAAAAAAGGAUCCACUACACCACGAGGAGCCUACAGAGCUACCGGAACCUGAAAUAACAGCAAUGGUAACUAGCUCCUCAAUACACUUAGAUCUUCAAAGGUACAUCAUUAUGCGCCCCCACAUCCGUGGCGUGAAGUUGACUUACAAGAAACUUUCUGGACCGGAUAAACGUGCCAAGCACCUCAACCUUCCAGCAUAUUACCUGGAAUACACAUUGCGUGGACUUCACCCAAACUCUACGUACUCUGUAUGUGCCAGUCCAAAGGGUGAACCUGGGGAUGUGGAUACAGUUUGCAUAGAGACCCAGACGGUCAGUCAGCAGCCAACUCCCACUGGAGCACAACCGAGGUUAUCAAAGCACAAUGCAAUGCUCAUCCCUUCAGUCGCCAUCCUUCUUCUGCUAGUCCUAGUAGCCGUGGCUGUUGGGGUAUUUUGCUACAUGCACAAAAAUAAAUCAAAGGGACACCUGGACUUAGGAUGUGAUCCUUCACAGCUGGAGCUGGAGGGUCAGGACAAUGGGACACUACCUGAAAAGCUAGAGAUUAUCUCCUGUCCGUCAACAACACAGAAUGGUGGCUUGGACUUUGAGGUGCCCCUCAUGCAGGAUCAAUGUACUGCGAACAACAACAUGAACAGUUUGAAACCUUCAUAUUUCUGAUAAUUGCUAAAGGUUUGUGACUUACUUGCAUGCUAAAGCAUGAACGAUAUGGCCUUACAAGGUACCACCAUGGACAGCGAGACCAGCCACCAGGUUCUUUGUAAAGAGCAAUGGUAUUUAGGUAAUUCCUGGUGUAAUCCUACAAGGGCAUUUCUGUCAAAAUGACAUCCUCCUAAGUGCCUUUUAUCAUCUAAAAAAAUCUGAAAGUCUGUACAUGCCAAACUUUCAACCAAAGAUUUUGAUGGAUUUUAAAAUGGCUGCCAAUCGUAAAAAAAGGGCAUACAGCUGACUGAAAUUUUGAUGUGUUGUGCAUGUGUGCAGCUCUUAUGAGCUGCGCUAACUGUGAGUGGGUAAUUGAAGAUAUGGACUUAAGUAACGAGGCUGACUCAUAUGAUGCUUUGUCUAACUGAUAUGCAUUGUUUCUUAGUUUUGUAUUUGUACCUUUUUAGUAAAUGUUUUUGUACAGAUAUGUGACUGUUACCAGGCGGCUGCUCUUCCCCCAUAUCUUGUGACUUAAAAAGCAGACAAAACACCAGAUUAAAAACUUUGAAGAUUAAAAUUCACUUGUACCACCAAGUGAAACAAAGGCUUUAGUUUAGAAAUGUCAGACAGUCUAAGCAGCUGAAAGUCUAUCCAGACACGAAACUACAGUAAAUCCUUCCUCUAUUGUUUAGCCCCUAUCCCCCUUCACCCUCAGAAAGAGACACCAGGAAGCAGAUUAAUAUACAUUAUGCUCUAUUGUAAACACAAAAUAGACUCACAAUAUAUAAUUGGAAGCUUCUUUAAAAUUAUUUAUUUAUAUUGUAAAAAAAUUGUAAAAAAUUAAAAGGGGGUUGUUACCUAGGCCCGUCUGCAAAAUUAACCUUUGCACUAUUUACAUUACUUGGCAGAGAUUUCCAGUCAAUUGCAGUCAACAACAUUUUGCCAGGUUUACCUAAACCAGUCUAAUAACACACACACUCCAGCUUCCAACUCUACUGAUCUUACCAUUCAAGUGCAAGAUAUAAUGAAAGAGCAUAAAACCAUCUAAAAACAAUCCAGGCUGUCAUUUAUCACAAUAAAAUGUACCAAAAAACUGAGAAGAGACAGUGGGAAGGUGUGCUGAUUUACCUCUGUGAGGAAAUGUGUGUAUAUUUUAGCACUUGUUCUACAACCUCUCAAAUGACGUUUCCAAAAAAUUAAAAGAAAACAUAAAAAUGUAACUGUGUUUUGUGUAUCUGAAACCUUCCGCUUAAGAGGAGGAGGAUUUGUAAUUGAAAAUAUUUUUGUUGUUGUUCUUGAUGGGGAUUAUCCAAACUGGAAAAAAAAAAUCUAAGCAGUAUGAAGUAUUGAAAAUAUUUGUGAAUAUUUUUGAUAAGAUCUGCCUAUAAUUCUCCCCGUUUAAUUUGGGAAGCUCUUUUUUACACUUUUCUUUUGUCAAUAUGGAGAUGUGUGUAUAUGUAUGAUAUGUAUUUUCAAAAAGCUGCAAAGAAGAUAAAAAAAUGAAUUAAAAUAAAUGAGCUUUAUACAGUAUUCUCUGUUUCUCGUUCACGCUAGCUGAUCUGAUU